AUGGGACUGUUUUUGACAGUGUCUGAAUUUUCUACAACCUGUGCGGUAGUCAUCUUCAGCGGAGUCAAAGUGAGUUGUAUUACGCCAGUUGGGAUGGUAUUAAACGCUGGUUAUUGACCUGAUUGGUCAAUCAAGUUGCGAUGUCAUUGAUCGACUGUUUGUUAAGUCGUCAUGUUAAAUGUUUAUUUGCAUUUCAAAACCCGACAAACUACUUUAAGAACAAAGGAAAAGGGAGUCGGCAAAGGUCUUUAGGCAAGUCACGAGUAACCUGUCACCUUAAUUUUCUUAGGGUUGACAUCUUUUUGUCUUUGACGUUAUCGAGCCUCAAAGAAAUUAUGAUUUUGUUUCUCUGUGUCCUUUUUUCUUCUUUAUCUCCUAUUCUCAUAUUUUUUUGUACAUAAUCACUGAAAACAGCAAAUUCGAUCGUUCUUGUUUUCAUUAAAAUACAUUGUUUUAUUCAAGCAAUAAUACCGUAUUUCUUUCCAAGAUCUCCCCUCGUGCACGCUCGUCCUUCUGUAUGGUACUUUUGAACAUGUACAAGACAUCGCUGUUCCUAAGACUUACUAGUUAAUAAAGGUACCAGAAGCGGAUCCAAGAGAAUUCUUGGCAGGAAAUGUUUGGACCCAAAUAAAACAUGGCGGUCAACGGCCUGUUUACACGUUGCUGAUAACGAUGGUAAAAUGAGUUGCAAAACGCCCUGUUGAAUCGCGUUUGCCAUGUGCUAGAAAACGUGAAAUGAACAACAUGUUUUUCUGGUGUUACAGCCGGUGAAUGUUGAGUUGUCCCGGGAGUUUUCCAUGUGUUAUCCAAAGUCGGAGAAGGAGUCAGGAACAUGAUAUUUUCACGACAUUAACCGUUUGGUCAAAGUUUUGUUUAACGAGAGAAAACGAACUGUUCAACCCCGUUUUCCACGCGCUGGAUAAUCAGCAUAUUUUCCCCCUGUUAACUGAUGGUGAAUGCCAAGUUGUUCUUGCCUUUUCUGAAGUGGGAAACGAGUCACGGACGCCAUGUUUUCCUUACAUUAACCGUUUGGUAAAAUUCCCGUUUAAAGAGAGAAAGCGCAUUGUUCAACCUCGUUUUCCGUGUGCUGGAAAACAUGAACUAAACAGCAUAUUUUCCUGGUGUUAACGGAAUGUGAACGCCGAGUUUUCCUUGCGAAUUUCGAAAUGAGAAAACGGAUCGUGAACUGAGGUGGCAUUUUCAAUACAUUAACCGUCGGUAAAAUUAACAGAAAAUAGAUGUUUUGCCGUGAGAAGGGGCGAGGAGGCUUGCCUGUUAUACAGAUACUAUUUGCUGAGAUCAAGAGUCCAGAAUGCAUUUGAAAGAUUUUAUAACAAGGGCUCUCACUCCCAGAAAAUUCCAAAGGGGUUUAUUGAGGGCUUCUAUUCCUCCUAUAAAUCCUGUAGAAUUAAAUGAUUGUGACGGAGGUCUUCGAAAUCAGAGAUAUCUGAAUCUACCUCUAAGAAGAAGAAGAAGAAGAAGAAGAAGGAGAAGGAGAAGGAGAAGGAGAAGAAGGAAAAGAAAAAGAAGGAGAAGAAAAGGAAGGAGAAGGAGAAGGAUAAGGAGAAAGAGCAGGAGAAGGAGAAGGAGAAGAAGAGGAAGGAGAAGAAGGAGAAGAAGAAGAAGAAGAAGGAGAAAAAGGCGAAGCACAAGGAGAAGAAGAAGGAGAAGAAGGAGAAGGAGAAGAAGAAGAAGGAGAAGGAGAAGGACAAGAAGACGAAGACGAAGACGAAGACGAAGACGAAGACGAAGACGAAGACGAAGACGAAGACGAAGACGAAGACGAAGACGAAGACGAAGACGAAGACGAAGACGAAGACGAAAACAGCUCUAAUACAUCUCGAAUGCAUAUUGAGAAGAAUAUUUUCUACUGCAGAGAGAACAGGAGCUGUUCUGAUAGCCAAAGUAGCUGGAGACUUACUCUUUUUGCAUGUCCUUCCAUCUGCCUUC